UUUGAAGGCUGCGGCGGGAAGAUGGUGGCCGCAGCUGUCACCAGGCUGGGACUCUGCCGCACGGGAGGCCGCCGGGACCGUGUCGCGCCCUGAACAACCGAGAGGAGCUCGUCUGCCAUGAGUCUUCCGCGUCGGAGUGGGAAGCGGCGGCGUUCAGCGUCCGGCUCCGACUCAUGCUCGGGAGACGGGGAUAGCUGUGUCAGCCCCCGGCUCCCGUCUAGGCCGGUGCUGAGUCCACCUCCGGGGCUGGGACGCGGCCCGCGGGCCGCGGGGGCAGGGCCAUGCAAGCAAAGAGUUUCUGAUGACCAGAUUGACCAGCUGCUAUUGGCAAAUUGGGGACUCCCGAAAGCAGUUCUGGAGAAAUACCAUAGUUUUGGUGUAAAAAAGAUGUUCAAAUGGCAGGCAGAGUGUCUUUUGCUUGGACAAGUCCUGGAAGGAAAGAAUCUAGUUUAUUCAGCUCCUACAAGUGCUGGGAAGACUCUUGUUGCAGAGUUACUUAUUUUGAAGCGGGUGUUGGAAAUGCGGAAGAAAGCUUUGUUUAUUCUGCCCUUUGUUUCUGUGGCUAAAGAGAAGAAAUUCUACCUCCAGAGUCUGUUUCAGGAAGUAGGAAUAAAAGUAGAUGGCUACAUGGGCAGCACCUCACCUCCUGGACGUUUCUCCUCCUUGGACAUUGCUGUUUGCACUAUUGAGAGAGCCAAUGGGCUCAUCAAUCGCCUCAUUGAGGAAAACAAGAUGGAUCUGUUAGGAAUGGUGGUUGUGGAUGAAUUACACAUGCUGGGGGACUCUCACCGAGGAUAUCUUCUGGAACUUUUACUGACCAAGAUUUGCUAUGUUACUCGGAAAUCAGCAUCGUGCCGGGAAGAUUCGGCCAGUGCUCUGUCUAAUGCUGUGCAGAUUGUUGGCAUGAGUGCUACUCUUCCUAAUUUGCAGCUUGUAGCUUCCUGGUUGAAUGCUGAACUUUACCACACUGACUUUCGCCCUGUACCACUUUUGGAAUCAAUAAAAAUAGGGAAUUCCAUAUAUGACUCUUCAAUGAAGCUUGUGAGAGAAUUUCAGCCCUUGCUCCAAGUGAAGGGAGAUGAGGAUCAUAUUGUUAGUUUAUGUUACGAGACCAUUCGUGAUAACCAUUCAGUAUUACUUUUUUGUCCAUCAAAAAAAUGGUGUGAGAAAGUAGCAGACAUCAUUGCCCGAGAGUUUUAUAAUCUGCACCAUCAACCUGAGGGAUCAGUAAAACCAUCUGAAUGUCCACCAGUGAAUCUACAGCAUAAGAGCCUUCUGGAAGUGCUGGAUCAGCUAAAGCGCUCACCUGCAGGACUGGACUCCGUGCUGAAGAACACCGUGCCGUGGGGAGUAGCAUUUCAUCAUGCAGGUCUCACUUUUGAGGAGAGAGAUAUCAUUGAAGGAGCCUUCCGUCAAGGUCUUAUUCGGGUCUUGGCAGCAACGUCUACUCUUUCUUCUGGGGUGAAUCUUCCUGCACGCCGGGUGAUUAUUCGCACUCCAGUUUUCGGUGGCCAGCCUUUAGAUAUCCUCACUUACAAGCAGAUGGUUGGCCGCGCCGGCAGGAAAGGAGUAGACACAAUGGGUGAAAGUAUCCUAGUUUGUAAGAACUCUGAGAAAUCAAAGGGCAUUGCUCUGCUUCGAGGGUCUCUGGAGCCUGUGCACAGCUGUCUGCAGAGCCAAGGAGAAGUCACUGCUAGCAUGAUACGAGCUAUUCUGGAGAUAAUCGUUGGUGGAGUGGCAAGUACAUCACAAGAUAUGCAGACUUAUGCCUCCUGUACAUUCUUGGCUGCUGAUGUAAAGGAAGGCAGGCAGGGAAUUCGGAGAAAUCAAGAUGAUGAUCAGCUUGGAGCAAUUGAUGCCUGUGUGACAUGGCUGUUGGAAAACGAGUUCAUCCAGGUGACAGAGCCCAGUGAUGGCGCAGGAGGAAAGGUUUAUCAGCCAACACAUCUUGGAUCAGCUACUCUUUCUUCCUCACUCUCUCCAACUGAUACCCUAGAUAUUUUUGCUGACCUCCAAAGAGCAAUGAAAGGCUUUGUUUUAGAGAAUGACCUUCAUAUCGUUUACCUGGUUACACCUGUGUUUGAAGAUUGGGCUGGUAUUGACUGGUAUCGAUUUUUUUGUUUAUGGGAAAAAUUGCCAACUUCUAUGAAAAGGGUGGCAGAGCUGGUUGGAGUUGAGGAAGGGUUCUUGGCUCGCUGUGUGAAAGGAAAAGUAGUAGCCAGAACUGAGAGACAACAUCGACAAAUGGCUGUCCAUAAAAGGUUUUUCACAAGUCUUGUGUUAUUGGAUUUAAUCAGUGAAGUUCCCUUAAAGGAAAUUAAUCAGAAAUAUGGAUGUAAUCGUGGACAGAUUCAGUCUUUGCAACAGUCAGCUGCUGUUUAUGCAGGAAUGAUUACAGUGUUUUCCAACCGUCUGGGCUGGCACAACAUGGAACUACUACUUUCCCAGUUUCAGAAGCGGCUUACAUUUGGCAUCCAGAGGGAGCUGUGCGACCUCAUCCGGGUCUCCUUACUGAACGCCCAGAGAGCCAGGUUCCUGUAUGCCUCUGGCUUUCUCACUGUAGCAGACCUUGCCAGAGCUGAUAUUUCGGAGGUGGAGGUGGUUCUGAAGAAUGCUCUGCCUUUCAAAAGUGCCCGAAAGGCAGUGGAUGAGGAAGAGGAAGCAGCUGAGGAACGUCGCAGUAUGCGAACCAUUUGGGUGCCUGGCCGAAAGGGCUUGUCUGCAAGAGAAGCAGCAGCCUUAAUAGUGGAAGAAGCCAAAGCCAUUCUGCAGCAGGACUUGAUUGAAAUGGGAGUGCACUGGGAUCCAGAUUCACCCUUGAGUUCUAGCACAUAUUCACAGACCAGUAGUGGGUCAGAAGCAAAGGAGUACACAUUUAAAUCUCAAACUAAGAGAUCUCCCAAGAGGUUGACAUCAAAGAACAGAAAUAGUGUGAGAGCAAGUGAUUCUAGUGGCAAACAGUCACCAGGUGCAGCCCAAGGCUUAGGUGACCACAGAAAGCGUGCAGACUCCCUCUGUUUAUCCCAGGGGAGUCAGGAGCACCGGCCGCAGCACUACAUUUGCAGAGCAAGAAAACAGACUUCUUUGGGUAUAAACAAAAAGAAGCUUCGGAUGUCUCGGAAUGAAGGAGAACCAAGCCCUAAGGAAGUUCUUCAAACUUCCUCUCUGGAGAAAACAAGAAAAGCUGUGUUGAGUUUUAGUUCGGAGCACAUGAACACCAGUUCUCCAUCUUGGAGAGACAGAAAGUAUCGAAAAAAAUCUCGGGGCAGUAGCCUGGUGCAUGACUCUGGGCCUAAACAUGAUAGAGACGAUUUCCAGGGACAGACUGUGUCUAGAUCUGCUCUAUGUAAAGACCCGUUUUUCUUAGACAAACGAAAUACAGAAUUUAGAAGUCCAGAGCUGCUUACAAAAAAUGUAUCUUUUUGUGCCAAGGAAAAAUACAACAAAAUCUCAUUCCCUUUACAAAUGCAGCAGCCUUGCUUAAGGAAAAAAAUAGAAAGUAAUGGUGUUGUGGAAUAUUCCCUUGUAGAAUCUCAGAGUAAAGAUGUGACUGGUCAGACCCCUGGUGUUGCUAGCAAUGGAAGAGAAUUGGCUGAUACUGAGAUAGGAAAAAUAAAUGAGGUACUCAUAGAGAAUGGAACAAAAAGCCAGAAUGUUUCUGGGAAACACUGUGACACCCACCCAGUUAGCCAGUGCCUGGGAAAUCAGUGUGACAGACAGACAAACACUUGCACCAAACGGAAAAUAUCAAUAGAGAGACAAGUGUCCUGUGAAACAGUUAGUUAUAUGGCCAGAGACUCAAAUGGUGUUGCAACCAUCAAAUGUGAAAGCAUAAAGCUUAAUAGCAAAGAGGAUGAGUCAGAUCACUGUCAGGCAUUGGGAAAUAAUCCAGGCAGGACUGAGGCACCUCGUGGAUUACUGCAGUCAGCUGGACUUGGUCAAGCAGGUGGCCAGCAUGAGCAUCUCCUAAAUUCUGGAAUACAAGAAAAAAUGGAUGCUUAUGCAACAGAUAAAACUGAACAUAAUCAUGUUUCUAACCUUGUCCCCUGUGACUUUGGAGAUAGCUUCUACCUGGAUACUCAGGCAGUGAAAAUAAUUGAGCAGGUGGCAUCUGAACACGUGGAGCAAGGAACAAAGGCGGCGGCAGGGGUGACAGAGAUGGCCUCUCACACUCAGGACUCCGAGUGCUUCCUUCAGACCGAGGACCACAGCCCUCCAGGUGAACAGCAUUUCCGAGGAGCAGCUAACACAGGCCGUGUGGAGAGCAGGAGUGUAGAGUCCAGUAAACAGGACUCUGCAGAGGGCCUUGGCAGGCCAGCUCCAGAAAGCCCCGUUUCCCACUCUCCAACAGCACAGCGGGGAAACGGCCCCUGCUUUAAAGAGAAUGAUCAUUCUGUUACUGACUCCCAAUUAAACAGUUUCCUUCAAGGUUUUGAAACACAAGAAGUGGUUAAACCAGUCCUACCUCUGGCUCCUCCAGCAGGAACUCCUACUGGUUUAGAGGAAGACAGUCUGCCUGAAACCAGUUUGAAUAUGAGUGACAGUAUACUAUUUGACAGUUUUGGUGAGGAUGGCUUAGUAAAAGGACAGUCACCUGAUGUACAGGCAAAGCAGCCCCUCCUUUCUGAAAUGACACCAAACCAUGUCAGCCAUUCUCCGUGCCCACAAGAAGACCCAGUUCUGAAGGCAAAUGUGAACGGACAUCAGGGUAUUCAGGAGCAGGUGGCUUGUUCUAGUGGUGAAUCGAUUGUAUUUUCAGAGAUGGAUUCUGCUCAGAUGAUCGAAGCCUUGGACAGUAUGGCUUCAUUUCGUGUCCAAGAGAAUUGUAACUCAGUAGCCCUUAACACAUUAGAACUCCGUGAUUCUGCAAUGCUGGGUAAUGUGUGUGCCCAAGCAGAAGUGGUCAGAGGAGAUAAAAACAAAAGGGUUCAGAACUCCAAACUCACUGAGACCAAUCAGGAUAAUUCGUUCAGUUGGUCAGGAGCAUCAUUUGACUUAAGUCCAGAACUGCAAAGCAUUUUAGACAAAGUGUCUAGUCCUGUAGAAAACGAAAGACCCAAAUUAACACAUGCAAACAUGUCUUGCUUUGAAGGAAAUGGCAUAGAGUUAAGUGAGAGACAGGAAAUGAAUUCAAAUUUGGAGACCCUUCAAGUUCAGAGAACUUCACUUUUUCCCAACAAUGAAGUUAAAAGCAGGAUUCAGGGAGUGGGGAAUGACUCCAGGUGUGGGGGGGCCUCAUCUCCCUCAGCUUGUAAAGAAAGCCCCACAGCUGAUGACAACGGCCUCGUUCCUCCCACACCCAUCCUUGCUUCCACGUCUAAGCUGGCGUUUCCAGAGACUCUUGGGACAUUUGUAAAUCGUCAGAAAGCUGGCAAGGUUGUAUUGCCAGGGGAGCGCUGUUCAUUUGGCUCACCUUCAGAUAGCCAAAACCAUGACAUAAAUCAAGAACAGAGUGACAGCUUCCAAGAUGACGGCUCCUUUGGAGACACAGGUUUUCCUGUGCAGUUCUCUCAGGAUGGACUGCAGUUCACUCCAUCCUCAUGCAGCUCAGAAAGCUUGGCCAUAAUUGAUGUAGCAAGUGACCGGACUCUGUUUCUAACCUUUGUAAAGGAGUGGCGAGGCCAAAAGCGCUUUUCCAUCUCUCUGGCUUGUGAGAGGAUAAGUUCGGCAUCUUCCAGAACCUCUACCAUAGGUGGAAGGCUGAAGCAAGUGAGCUUUCCUGAGGAAAGCCCUGUUGAAGAUGGUGGGUUUCCUGUCCACGGCUCUGAUGGCGUUGUGGUAGUCGGACUAGCAGUGUGCUGGGGUGGAAAGGAUGCCUAUUACCUGUCAUUGCAGAAGGAGCACCAGCAUUCCGAAAUUAGUCCCAGUCUGGCCCCGCCUCCUCUGGAUCCAACACUAACUGUGGAAGAGAGGAUGGAGCACCUUCAAUCCUGCCUGCAGAAUCAGUCUGGCCAAGAGCGGGCUGUUGUCACCUAUGACUUCAUCCAGAGCUACAAAGUCCUCCUGCUGUCCUGUGGUGUCUCCCUGGAACCGCGCUAUGAAGAUCCCAAGGUGGCAUGCUGGCUUCUCGACCCAGAUUCUAAGGAGCCGACUCUUCAUAGCAUAGUGACCAGUUCUCUUCCCCAGGAGCUUCCGCUCCUCGAAGGAAUAGAGACAGGCCAAGGAAUUCAGAGCCUGGGGCUAAAUGUGAACACUGAGCAUUCUGGACGGUACAGAGCAUCUGUGGAGUCUAUUCUCAUCUUCAACUCCAUGAACCAACUCAACUCCUCGUUGCAGAAGGAAAACCUUCAUGAUGUUUUCUGUAAAGUGGAGAUGCCUUCCCAGUACUGCCUGGCCUUGCUAGAACUGAAUGGAAUUGGCUUUAGUACUGCGGAAUGUGAAAGUCAGAAGCACAUCAUGCAAGCCAAGCUGGACGCCAUUGAGACUCAGGCCUAUCAGCUAGCUGGCCACAGCUUUUCCUUUACGAGUGCAGAUGACAUCGCACAGGUUUUGUUUUUGGAACUGAAGCUACCACCGAAUGGAGAGAUGAAAAUGCAAGGCGGCAAGAAAACCUUGGGUUCUACCAGGAGAGGGACAGAGAGUGGCCACCAGCUGAGGCUGGGAAGACGGUUCAGCACCAGCAAGGAAGUUUUAAAUAAAUUAAAGGCCUUGCAUCCUUUGCCAGGCCUGAUACUGGAAUGGAGAAGAAUCAGUAAUGCUAUUACCAAAGUGGUCUUCCCUCUGCAGCGGGAAAAGCGCCUGAACCCUUUUCUCAGAAUGGAAAGGAUCUACCCUGUAUCACAGUCACACACAGCUACAGGACGGAUAACCUUCACAGAACCUAAUAUCCAGAAUGUGCCAAGAGAUUUUGAGAUUAAAAUGCCAACCCUAGUAAGGGAAAGCCCACCUUCUCAAGCUCCAGGCAAAAGCCUGCUUCCAGUGGCCAGAGGACAGAAUAAGAAGUUGUAUGGCCUGCACCCUGGGGCUGGGACACUGAUGGAAGAGAAGGCCUCAGAUAGAGGACUGCCAUUUUCAGUGAGCAUGCGCCAUGCCUUUGUGCCUUUCCCAGGUGGUUUAAUUUUGGCUGCCGAUUACUCUCAGCUUGAACUGAGGAUCCUGGCCCACCUAUCACGUGACUCUCGCCUCAUUCAAGUCUUGAACACUGGAGCUGAUGUUUUCAGGAGCAUUGCGGCGGAGUGGAAGAUGAUCGAGCCUGACUCUGUUGGGGAGGAGCUGAGGCAACAAGCGAAGCAGAUUUGCUAUGGAAUCAUAUACGGGAUGGGAGCGAAAUCCUUAGGAGAGCAGAUGGGCAUUACAGAAAAUGAUGCUGCUUGCUACAUUGACUCUUUCAAGUCCAGAUAUACAGGGAUUAAUCAUUUCAUGAGGGACACAGUGAAGAACUGUAGAAGAGAUGGCUUUGUUCAGACCAUUUUGGGAAGACGUAGAUAUUUGCCAGGAAUCAAAGACAACAAUCCUUAUCACAAAGCACAUGCUGAACGUCAGGCCAUCAACACAACAGUUCAAGGAUCAGCUGCUGAUAUAGUCAAAACAGCCACAGUUAACAUUCAGAAACAACUAGAGUCCUUCCAUUCAGCCUUCAAAUCCCAUGGUCAUCGGGAAAGCAUGCUCCAGAAUGGCCGAACAGGGGCAGGAUUGUUACCAAAGAGAAAACUUAAAGGGAUGUUUUGUCCUAUGAGAGGAGGCUUCUUCAUCCUUCAACUUCAUGAUGAGCUUUUAUAUGAAGUGGCAGAAGAGGAUGUCGUUCAGGUAGCUCAGAUUGUCAAGAAUGAAAUGGAAUGUGCAAUAAAACUUUCUGUGAAGCUGAAAGUGAAAGUGAAAAUAGGUGCCAGCUGGGGACAGCUGGAGGACUUUGAUGUGUGAUGGUGCUGUGCGGGUAACCGGCAGCCUGGGGCAGACAUAGUCACUUCGAGAGCGUAGAGACCGCCCUUGUGCCUGCUUCAUGAGGACCAGCUCUCUAGUUGGGACGCACUCAGAUGAGCAGUUCUGUGGUCGGGGUCUAUGUAUACCAAGGUCGAGCUAGCCUGUAGGGUCACAGAUUUAAUAGCUAUUCUCGCUCUCAGACUGUCUAUGAAUUUGCCUUUCAUAAUUUAUUGGAGCUUUAAACAGUCUCAGAAUAUGCUUGAAAAAUGCACUUAGCACUUUGGGCCCUCAUCUGUGUAAAACAUGAAGGACUAGAACUGCUGCCUGCCCAGGGACAUUUUUAUUCCUCUGGAGGACUCAUGAUGUAACCUCAGGAGUCACAGGCAGUGUUUAACUUAACAUUAACAUUAUACAGAGUAUGCGAUCCUUUUCAUCCAAUAAAGGGCAGAAGUAGAAUUUUAAAAUCACAAAUAAAUUAGAAUUCUGUAAGAUAGUAAGAAAUGAAAUUCCACAAACUACUGUCACUUGCUCUUUCCCUUCACAGUUCCUCUGUGAACAUAAUUGGAAUACUCUUAAAGUGAGCUGUCCCCAGGAAGAAGUGGCCUGUCAGGUCAGACAUUGGCUGCAGUGGAAGCUAACACUGCCAGGCCAGGAAAAUGCCCCUCGCCCGCCCCUAGUGCCCCUGUGUUUGUGAUAUGGAGAGAAUAGUCAGGCCAAAACGUUGAUUCUUACAUUCCUGUUAUUUUUUGCUAUUGAAAUAAAUUUAUGAGAACCUUA